AUGGCUGCAGUCCCGGCACUCAACUACCCCAUCACUGGGCCUCCAAAAGCUUCUCCAGGUCCUGCUGAUGGAUCUGUCCCUCUGAGACGUGAAAUUCGUGACCUCCAACGCAACUUUCCCGAUCAAUGGACACUUUACAUUCUUGGUCUUCAGGCUUUUCAACAACUUGACGAGAAGUCAGAUUUGUCAUGGUAUGGAAUCGCUGGUAUUCAUGGACGUCCAUAUCGUCCUUGGGGUGGAUCUCAAGGAGAUAACUCUCCUGGAUGGCAAGGCUAUUGCACCCAUAGCUCUAUCCUCUUUGCGCCAUGGCAUCGUCCUUAUCUUGCAUUAUUCGAGCAAUACCUCUAUCAAAUUAUACAAAAAAUUGCUUCUACAUUCCCCACAGCCACUAAGACUCGUUAUCAACAAGCGGCUCUAACAUUUCGCAUGCCAUACUGGGAUUGGGCUGCCGCACCACCUGCGGGUGACAAGUACUUUCCUACUGUUGUUGGACAGCCCUUGAUUCAGCUCAUUACUCCCACCUCAAAUAACAAACCGGUACAAAUCACCAACCCCCUUUACUCUUACAAAUUCAACCCCUUGAAUCCGUUGAAGGGUGAUUUUCCUAGUACCCCGGAAUCACGAUGGCCCAGCACUCUUCGAUAUCCAACCACCGGAAGUGCAACUGCCAACUCCCAAGAACAGCAAGUCUUUGACGCCAUGGAGUCACAAUUUGAUUCAUAUCAAAGCAAUAUCUAUCUCAUCAUGAGAGAUCCAAACUAUAAGCAAUUUGAUGCUUUUAGUAAUCAUCAAUGGGCAGCAAAUAAUGCUCCUGGUACGUAUGGUAGUAUUGAGGAUGUGCAUAAUAGUGUUCACAGUGAAACUGGUGGGAAUGGUCAUAUGGGUGAUCCUGAUUAUGCGGCUUUUGAUCCUUUGUUUUGGUUACAUCAUACCAAUGUUGAUCGUCAAUUUGCUAUUUGGCAAGCCUUGAAUCCCAAUAGCUACGCCAUCAACAAACCUUCUAGCGAUGGAACCUUUUCCAUCGAAAGCGGUGCCCAAGAAACAAGUACCACUGCCUUGACACCUUUCAACAAUGCCACUGGCAAAACAUAUUGGACCUCUGACGGCGUGCGCAGCACAGCUACAUUUAACUAUGCGUAUCCAGAGACCCAACAAUGGAAAUUUCCUACUGUUCAACAGUAUCAAACCAGUGUCUUAGCAGCAGUUCAAAAAUUGUACGGUGCUACUAGUAACCAAUUCAUGCAAUUGAUGGGUGUACAGACUGCUGCUGCCUCUGGGCCCAUUGCUGUUCAAGCAAGCCAAAUCGUUGCAGAUGGCAGUAAUACAGCUCAGAAACCUAUUGGCGAUGGUGCUGCUUCAUCAUCUGGUGAACACAAAUUUUUAUCAAAUCUUCUUCACAAUUCUGCCAAAGCUAAACCUAAGCCCGUUGACGUAGUGAGAGGUGAAGAGGACUUUGAAUCCGAGAUUGGGAAACCAUCCGAAACUUCUUCAAAAAGCGUAGAACCAAUUAAAUAUAGAGAAUAUAUUGUCAAUAUCCGUGCUCCGAAGCAUAUUCUCCAUCAAACCUAUCGCGUGCGAAUUUUCCUCGGAGAUUUCGAUUCAGAUCCUACUACAUGGCCAACCGCCGAAUCUACAAUCGGCACCUUUUCCUCCUUUGGCAAAAACCCCGCCACCACCUCCUGCGGAAAAUGCAUCAAAGACGCCGCACGCUCCCUCAUGAUCUCGGGAACCGUCCCUCUCACCCCCAUCCUCCUUAAACUCUUCAAGUCCGGCGAUCUAGGAUCGCUAGAAGUCGAAAAUGUCAUUCCGUAUUUGAGACGGAAUUUGCAUUGGAGAGUUACGUUGGCGGAUGGUACGGAGAUUGAUAGGGGAGAGGUGGAGGGGCUGAAGGUUAGUGUGGUUAGUACUGUGGUUGGGUGUCCACAGGGGGCUUUCCCGGAGUUUAGUGGGGUUUAUGAGGUUCAUAGUGAGGUUACGGGGGGACGGCCGGCGGGGUUGAGUGAGGGGGAUAGGGUUUGA